UGGCAUUUGGCAGCCCUCGAACACGAUGAUGGCGAUUGCCACUCCCACUACCACCGCCUAUUCACGCACCCACUGCAGGUCUCGCUGUCGCUGCGUUCGAGCAACUUCACCACAGCUCGGGCGCCAUUUCAAUUGCAUUCCCAAACUUGAACUUCAAUUGUGGAGGAUUUUUGGCGUGCCACAAAGAACAGUACCUACCACUGCACGCACUUGUACCGCACUCACCGUCACCGCAGUCCGUGCCCCUCCAUUUCUGGCACCUAAUAAUAAUUCCGCAGUCUCCUAAGCCGACCACAAUCCACCCGCUUAUAGGCUUCCUAAGCGUACCAGCCACAGCCUGAGAGCCUCUGCAUUUUCUGAACCCCGGAAUCCGCCUGACGAUUGCGGAUGGCGUCGGCGGCGACUGGCAUUGUGCCCACAGCCUUAUCAGCAAGCCGCCUCUUUUCUGGCACCAGCGUUGAAGUGCCCCGCUGAGCACAUUUUGAUAGCAUGGCAGUAGUUGUCGUCUCGAUGAUUUCAACAAGGUCUUUGUCUAUCAUAUUUCGAGGAAAGCUCCGAGUCUUUCAUGUUACUUAGGUACUCUUGGGCCGCAUACGACUGUGCUGUUAUUACCGUGCUUCAGAGCAGACCUGGCCCUGUGCGCCCUGAACCCCGAAGUCGCCGAUCCUCUUCCUCUGCAGCAUACGUUACUUGUCUGGCGGUCAGGAAUAACAUCUGAUACGAGGUCACCGGAUUCGUAAAGGGGGACACGCGUCCUACCAAGGACGAAUCGUGAGUCAAAAUAACAGUCUUGUUACGUCGGCAGUAUUGCUAUCAUUGGAGCUUCAUCUCUUCCGCUGGCACUCCGGCUGUCAUCCCUCGCUAUCAAGACUGUCAAGCGACGUACACCUCUCGCUACUUGAUAGCCCAUCAAUACUAAGCUGCUAUUACGGGAAUAGCGGUCGACCGGCUUCAGGUGUUUGCUACCACAAACAAACCAUCCCAAAAGGCCAAAUAGUUCCCAACCUCUUAUUAUUCUCUUGUGGUUCAUCUUCUUAUAUUUCAUUAUCCAUCGCGGCAUCGUCCCCAGCUGCGCCUACCUUACUACUUGUAUCAUCUACUCCACAUUGUCGACAUGUUAUCUUAUCAGUCAACGCCAGCGGAAAGUGCACCACAUCUGCUCCGACCUGAUGCUUAUCCACCUCAGCAUCAGGAGAAGAUCAACACAAUCGACCGUACGGACGAGUUCCAUCGCUUAGUACGAGCGCUGUCCGAUGUGUUGGGUCCGUCCUCGGGCAUCGACUCGGCCGAUGUUGAUGAGAAUGAUCUUAUCCGUCUGAUGGAAGGAUAUGUUUCACAAGAAAGCCAGUGGCAUCAGUACGCCUUUGCCGAUCCGAGUAGGAACUAUACGCGGAAUCUCGUGGACGAAGGGAACGGGAAGUCGAAUCUGUUGGUGGUGGUUUGGAACCCGGGCCGGUGCAGCCCCAUCCACGACCAUGCCAACGCCCACUGUGUGAUGAAGAUACUCAAGGGAAACCUCAAAGAAACCCUGUAUUCCUUGCCACAGUGCCAGCCAGAUGAUAGCGACACUGGCGGCUCAGACUCCUCUGGCAGGUCGACCCCGCCGCAGAUUGUCAAGGAGACAAGCUAUUCCGAAAACCAAGUCACAUACAUUUCAGACAAGAUCGGUCUUCACAAAAUUUCGAAUCCAUCUCAGACUGAAGUUGCCGUGUCAUUGCAUCUAUACACGCCGCCUCACGCCGCCAACUUUGGAUUCAACCUCUUUGACGAAAAGACAGGGAAGCCGACACAUAUCAAGCAAGCGGGCUUCUUUUCUGACCGGGGCCGUCUGGUGGAAAAGUGCAAGUUUGGCGCAUUCUAAUGCGUUCUCGGGUUCAGCUUCACGUGGCAAUGGUACCUACAAUGUUUCGUCUGGCGGUGUUUCUGUUGUUCCCUACUGUGCUUUAGGUGAGGUGGCGAAAUUGGUGGCCGGUCCCUGGUUUGGAGCGCAUGGUCGAGGCAAGGUUGGUUGGUGAAGGAGUUACUCGGCGGAGAGGACAUGGAAGCGUCUGUCAUUACUUGUGUUGAGGUCGAAUCUGGAAAUCAAGGUCAGUGGCCUACUGCCGCUGCUAUUUCUCGGCCACUCUCAGCUGGCCUACUACUAUGUACUUGUAAGAACGGCGCUUUGGAAAGGCAGGUGCGCUCAUUUCAACUCUUGUACAAUUAUUUUGUCUCGGAGUUCAGGAUUCGCGCAACGAACAUUUAUUUAUAAGGCCUCUGUUGUGUCUCUGUCCUGAAAACCUAAGUCCACCUUCUCCUUUUCAGUAUCAAUGGUAAACUUGAAUUAAUUUGAAUAGCAUGAAUGGAG